AUACUAGUUACAUUUCAAUGCUAUUUAUAAAAUGACCUUUUUCGAAAAGUUGGAAAAGAGGAUAUCCUCUGUCGACAGUAUUCUAUGCCUUGGCUUAGAUCCUCGCGAAUCUGAACUCGAAGAUUUCUCAACAUCAGAGCAUUUUGAUCUAUUUUAUGAUCAUUAUGUUAUUAAACAGAAGGAAGGAAGUUUUAAAAUUACAGAAAGAUCAUCAAUUUACGUACAACUUAGACUCUUUUGUCAAUACAUUUUGGAUUCCACGAUUGAACACGUAUGCUGUGUAAAACCUAAUUUGGCGUUCUUUAUCGCGCAUUUAGCUCAAGGAAUUGAGGCUUUACUAGAUAUUUGCCUUUACUUGAAAAAGUUGGAAAUACCAGUUCUCAUUGAUGCAAAAUUAGGAGACAUCGGUUCAACCACGGAGUACUACAAAAAAUUUAUAUUUGAAAGCCUCAUGGCAGAUGCCUGUACCAUAAAUGUGUUUCUGGGUACAGAUGUCCUGCAAGCCAUGACUACUAGCUCUGAAGGUGAAUACAAGAAUACAAUUUUCGCAUUGGCACUCUGUUCUAAUCCAUCAUCCACAGAAUUUCAAGGAGCUUUGUUGGCUAAUACGAAGCCAAUGUACAUGGAGGUCGUGGAAAAGUGCGAAACGUUUUUAAAGGGUAAAAGUCCUCACAGCCUCUGCGGCUACGUUGUUGGAGCAACAUAUGUAGAUGUUAUUAAGGAUAUUAGAGAGAGAUAUCAAAAUUGUUAUUUUCUUGUCCCUGGCAUUGGUACACAGGGAGGUGACUUACAUUCUGUACUAUCUCACGGUUUGAAUUCAAAGGGAAGGGGUCUUAUAGUUCCAAUUUCUAGGGCUAUUACAAACGCCAAGGACCCCGGGCAAUCAGCAAAACAUUGGAAAGAAGAGAUAAGGACAUGUAUACAACAUUUGAAAAAGUCAAAUUAG